AUGAAAUUAGCGACUCACAAUCAGCGGUUCCACUUGGAUGAGGUGACAUCAACAGCAAUCCUCAAAAAAAUAUUUCCGGAUGCCACGUUGAAGCGUACACGUGACCCAAAGGACUUUGAAGAGGCAGACAUAGUGUACGAUGUCUCAGGUGUCUAUGAUCCAACGAGGGGGCGAUACGACCACCACCAACGCGGUUUUACACACACUUUUUCAGAGGCUUUUCCCAUAAAACUGAGCAGUGCCGGUCUGAUAUACAAGCACUACCACAAACAGUUGUUUAAGUACUACGGGCUCGUAGCUGAGGAUUGGAUAGUUGAUGAGGUGUACGAGGAGUACUUCAAAUACGUUGAUGCAUGUGACAACGGCGUUGAUCUGCAGUGCACGAUUGUGCCACGAACGAUGGUUGAUCUGGUGAGCUGCUUUAAUGUCCAGGAGACGGGCGUGAAGGAAGACACAAAAAACGGGCAAAUGAAGAAUGAGGUGGGGGGUGCGACCACGGCUGGCAGCAGUGCACGUGUGCACAGUUCUUGUACGGUACCACUUAGCGACACGCUAAAAGAUUUCGUUCUAAGCGACAAUUACAACGAUUACAACUUUCUGUGCGCGCUCAAUCUGAUAUCCAUCGACAUGGACAAUUAUUUCAGACAGAAAAAGCAGUUAGUUGAGAUGGUAUCGGCAAACCAUGAUUUAAUACGAAGUGCUACAGGCGAUAUCCUGGUCAUCGGUCCAGACAGGGAUCUUAGCAGAGAGGCCCUUUUUAUUUUGGAAAAAAUAUGGAAAAAAGAUUUCCUGUUCAUCGUAUAUGAUAGCAGCGAGCAUGUGCGCAUGUACGGGACUAUCAAGGAGAGAAACAGCUAUGCCAUCAAGGUGCCGUUGUGCUUGGAGUGGGGCGGUCUAAGAGAGGAAGAGCUGAGGGCGAGGAGUGGCAUCGAGGGGUCAACAUUUGUGCAUUCUAGCGGGUUUACAGGUGGUGCUAAGGACCUGAAAAGUGCCUUGGAAAUGUGCCGCCGAAGCAUUAAAAAAUCGCAGGAGUGA